GUAUGUGUAUGAGAAGUUCAAAUCUUUAACUCACAAUAUCGUCGAAGACAUUUGUUUAGGAUAUGAUAGAAACUAAAUGAGCAUUUAAAAUUUGAAGAAAACGGAAACUGUAGAGUUGCCUUGGCAGGAGGGGAAAGCAUUAUCAUGAAGAAUCUGGUCUACAAAUAUGGGAAAUGGACAGAUGUAUCUGUUCACCACCAAUCCAUCUUCAUAACUCAAGUGGUCCCUUUCUCUCGACCCAUCCACGUCUCCUUCCUCACAAGUAAGACCAAAUUUAGCCACCAUUUGGUUUCUGUCAUCUUCUCUUUAAUUAAUGCUCUCUUUUGUUCUCUCUCUAUAAACACAACAAGACAUGAAAGGUUUUUGGGAACUUGUCUGAGUUCCAAUGCGGCUGCUGCUAUCAUCUGAUCCCCAACCCGAACUUACGUCUACAUGUACCUCUCAGAGUUGCGGCUGGAAGCCUUACUCUCAUUCAAAUGACUUUGCUGCCAACGCGUUCCUCCUUCUCAUCAUCCUUUUCUGUUCUUUCAUAUGCGUCCUCUCUCUCCACGCUGCCAUCCGUUGUUGCCUCCGUCCAGUCCUCCAACAUGUCCCUAAGCCCGACCCGGAUCUUGAGGCCACCCAUCCGGACGCUGCCCCGACACUUGUCUACUCCCCGGGCCUAAACCUAGCAGGCAAUGAAGCAGAGUGCAUCAUUUGUUUGUCUGAAUUCCAAGACGGUGACACCUUACGCGUGUUGGAGAGAUGCAAACAUGGAUUUCACGUUCAUUGCAUCCAGCAGUGGCUGUCCUCCUCCCAUUCCUCUUGUCCCACUUGCCGGACAAACAUCUUCUCCACCCCACCUCAACUUCACUCACAAAGCUUACCACUAACGAGUACAUCUUAGUCAUAUGGUAGCUUCCUGGUCUUGCCCACUUUUUUACUCUUUAUUUUUCUUUACCACUUCACACCUCUAUCAUGUUUUCCAAGUUAGUUUUAAUUUGUUACCUUUGUCGUUUUAAAUUCCAUAAAAUCAUAAAAAUUGCACACACUCUAAAAUUGAUGUAAAGUCACUUCUGUGAAUCAUAUAUACAAUGCAAAAAAAACUAAAGACCAA